AUAAGUGGCGGACUUGCGAAUGCUAUAGAGCAAAUCCCAUCAUUUACGGCUAUGCCAGUUUAUGGCCUGAACUGUUUCUCGUUGAUGAAAUACGACACAAUAGUUUUCUCACGUGCAGCUGUUGAUUUAUUGGAAGAACGGUUACUGAAACAAAUGUACAGAGCAGGUCCCAUGAAUAAAAAAUACAGGUAUAUGGACUACAAAGAGAGGAUACUGAGAGAAGGCGAAGGAGAGGACGAUCCCGAAAUGCCGCCUAUAGUCUGA